GCUUUGUGAGCCAAAGAAAGAUUUAAUUGCCCGAGUAGUGAAAAUAAUUGGGAAAAGAAAAGCUAUUGAACUGCUUAUGGAAACAGCUGAAGUGGAACAAAACGGUGGACUGUUCAUAGUGAAUGGCACUAGGAGAAGAACACCAGGUGGGGUUUAUUUAAAUCUGCUGAAGAACACACCUAGCAUCAAAGAAGAACAAAUCAAGGAAAUAUUUUAUCUGGAAAACCAAAAGGAGUAUGAAAACAAAAAGGCUGCUAAGAAGAGGAGAAUACAAGUUCUAGGAAAGAAGAUGAAAAAAGCCAUUAAAGGGCUUAACCUGCAAGAAUAUGACGAUGCAUCUCGUGAGACUUUUGCUAGCGAUACAAAUGAAGCUCUGGCUUCCCUGGAUGAUAUACAGGAGGGGCCUCAUGAAGCAAAGAUGGAACCUGAAGAUAUUAUUGAAAUAGAUAAUGCUCACGAUUUGGAGAUCUUCUAGUUACUGAUGUUCUUGGUAACAGAUUCUCAAUAAAAUAUAU